GGCUCACCCGGCAUCGCCUCCUCGGCGGCGGGGCUUGGGAGAGCGUUAUAGCUUAGUGUUAUGGGUGAUACAGAAGAAGCUAAAAUGCAGAUAACGCCAGAAACUCCAGGACGAGUCGCAAUCCUGAACCCUUUUGAAAGUCCCAGCGAUUAUUACACUCUUCAGGAGCAGAUUGUUUCCAGUCCUUCAAUCUUUAAGUCAACGAAAUCCUCAUCUACACCAGGAAAAUUCAGAUGGUCUAUUGAUCAGCUUGCUCUAAUAAAUCCUGUGGAAAUAGACUCGGAAGACAUUCGACGUCAAGGAAUGUAUUUGAGCCGUGCUAGAAUUGAUAAGGAGACAGAAGACAGAAGGCAAAAAGCUAUUGAGGAGUUUUUCACAAAAAAACUCAUCGUUCCUUCUCCUUGGACUGAACAUGAAGGCAAACAAGUUUCUCAGUUUAAUUCAACUAAAUCCAUAGAUAUAGAUAACAUUUCCCCGAUUGGAAGACAGCUGAGCUUGCAGCCUGGGAAAAGUAAUGCUGCCUGUCAGACAGUACUGUCCUUGCCAGUGGAUUUUAAUUUAGAGAAAAUACUAGGUGAAUAUUUUAGAACUGAUGAAUUUGCAGAUCAGUCUCAGGAAAAUCUGAGCUCUUCAUCACUCAGAAGAAAGCUGUUUUUAGAAGAGAAUGGGAAUGUAUCUGCAUGUUUGUCCCCUUCUUUGCAUAGUCCAUGUGGUAGUCAGCCACUUGGAGUGCUUUGUUCCAUAGAAUUAUCUCCAGCUCGGUGCAGAAGCCCCCUGGACACAUCUAGUUCAGGUCAGUUUUCAUCAAGUCCUAUUCAGGGAGGAGCAAGAGCUUACAGUCUAGGAAGUAUAACCAGUCCCCCAUUUUCAGAGGGGUCUCCUGCACGUAAUGCUUCUCCUGCUUUUUCACCAAUUGCUUUUCACAUACGAAAAACACCACUCUCAGACCAAAGAAAAUUUACAUUUCGUUCUCCAGAUAUUCCUUCUUCCUCAAGUAGGAUGACACCCCCAAGUACAAGAAGUCCUUACAUAGAUGGUUGUUCUCCAAUUAAAAAUUGCUCUCCUAUGAGACUUGGAGCCUGUAGAGGAACUGCCCAAUAUCAGACUUCUGUCAUUAGAAUACCAAUUGCAGUUGAGAAUCAUGAGGAUGAGGAGGACAAGGAAAACGCUUCUCCAGCAGAAGCUCGCUUCCCAGAAAUGGAUAAUGGAACAAAGGUACAUCAGGAAGACAGUGAUACUUUUGGACACGGUACACAUCUCGUGGUGGCAACUGUGUCCAUUGCACCAGAUCACUCAGAAGGUUGUCAUCAAAGGUUGUCAUCAUUCCAGGACAUAGAAGGCUUAAAGGAAAAUAAUACUGUGGACAUGGCUGAUGCAGCUGAAGUGUUGGAGGAAAACACUUGGAUGAAAGAAACAACAGGCAGUAGCAAUACACCAAUGACCAGCUUUAUGACAGGCAUUACUUUCAGUAUUGAAAGCUCUCGCAUGUGCAUGUCACCUCUUGCAGAAAGCAGCGCAAUUCCUUGUGACAACAGUAGUAUUCAGGUGGACAGUGGUUACAAUACACAGACUUGUGGAAACAGCAUUAUGGAUACUGCAGGGGCUGAAAACAGUUGCAAAGAAAAUGAUGUGAACACUAUUGUGUUUCAGAAUAAAUCUCAGCUGCUUAGAACAAAGGAGUGUUCUGUUUUAAGCCAUAAGGACAAUCAGUUGCUGAGAACAAAAUCUCCAGAGAAGCAAUCCUGUUUUCAAAAAGCCAAAACACAUAGCACAGUAUUUGGUCAAAAUGCAACUUGCAACAUUUCUGCUUGGAAUCAUAACAAUGAAAAUCAAGUUCAGGGAUUUCACAAAAGUGGUAUGUAGUUUUCUGAUGGAGAACUUAAUCUGUGGUUUCUAAUAAAUUUUAUACGUAUGACCUCAAUUACCUGGAUUAUAUAUACUAUUUUGCUUUUCUAAUGCAAAUGUAAUAAACUGUUCGAUAUAUAUUAAGGAAGUUUUUAAAUAAUGUGGGAUUUUUCAGGUCUUUUUGAGAAUUUAUUAGUGUUAUUAAGUGAUCCUUUUUGAAAAUUAAAGUGUCUAGAUUUGGUGCCGAGAAACAACAGGUUUUUUUUCAGAAUUUUAUUCCUUCUGUGACUAGGGUGGAUUCUAUGAGCAGCCUAAGAUAACUUGCAUAGGAACCAGUAUAACUUGAGAAUCACUUACAUUUUAAGA